CAUUCUCCUACGCAGCAACGUGCACCCAACGCCCAGAUCACACCACCACCACCUUCGCGGCUUCGUACACUCCGCCCGCCUACUUGCCUACCAACCUCGAGUGCAGUUCGCUGAACCCUCGAGAAGUAGUAACAGAGCCCUCUCGCGGCGGCAGCUAACCAGCCAUGGCGCGCAAGAAGAUCCGGGAGUACGACUCCAAGCGCCUCCUUAAGGAGCACCUCAAGCGCCUCGCCGGUUUCGACCUCCAGAUCCUCUCCGCCCAGGUCACACAAUCAACCGACUUCACAGAGCUAGUAAACCAGCAGCCAUGGCUAUCAACCAUGAAGUUGGUUGUGAAGCCUGACAUGUUGUUCGGAAAGCGUGGCAAGAGUGGCCUUGUGGCUCUCAACCUAGAUAUUGCUCAAGUCAAGGAGUUUGUGAAGGAGCGGCUGGGAGUUGUGGUCGAGAUGGGUGGCUGUAAGGCUCCAAUCACCACCUUCAUAGUAGAGCCAUUUGUACCCCAUGAUCAAGAGUACUACCUUUCUAUUGUGUCAGAGAGGCUGGGCAGCACCAUUAGCUUCUCGGAGUGUGGAGGAAUAGAAAUCGAGGAGAACUGGGACAAGGUUAAGACAGUUUUUCUUCCCACUGAGAAGGCAAUGACACCUGAUGCAUGUGCUCCCUUGAUUGCUACCCUUCCAUUGGAGGCACGUGGAAAAAUUGGUGAUUUCAUUAAAGGAGUUUUUGCUGUCUUCCAAGACUUGGAUUUCUCAUUUCUUGAGAUGAACCCAUUCACCAUGGUGAAUGGAGAGCCAUAUCCUCUGGACAUGAGAGGAGAAUUAGAUGACACAGCAGCUUUCAAAAACUUCAAGAAGUGGGGAAAUGUAGAAUUCCCUCUACCAUUUGGUAGAGUUCUCAGUUCUACCGAAGGCUUUAUCCAUGACCUGGAUGAGAAGACAAGUUCAUCUCUGAAAUUCACAGUUUUGAACCCAAAGGGGCGCAUAUGGACAAUGGUUGCGGGAGGUGGUGCCAGUGUCAUAUAUGCUGAUACAGUUGGAGAUUUGGGAUAUGCUUCAGAAUUAGGAAACUAUGCAGAGUAUAGUGGUGCUCCCAAUGAGGAGGAGGUUCUGCAGUAUGCUAGAGUAGUACUUGAUUGUGCAACUGCUGAUCCUGAUGGCCGUAAGAGAGCACUUCUCAUCGGAGGGGGUAUAGCCAACUUCACUGAUGUUGCUGCCACAUUUAGUGGCAUCAUUCGGGCCUUAAGAGAGAAGGAAUCUAAAUUGAAGGCUGCAAGGAUGCACAUCUAUGUUCGACGUGGUGGUCCAAAUUACCAAACUGGGCUGGCCAAAAUGCGCAAGCUUGGUGCAGAACUCGGCGUUCCUAUUGAGGUGUAUGGACCUGAAGCGACAAUGACUGGAAUCUGCAAGGAAGCAAUUGAAUGCAUCAUGGCCGCGGCAUAAAUGAAGAUGGCAGUUCUGGGAUCUGCAGGCAAGAAGCUGAAUGCGUGAUGGGUGCAGCAUGAAUGAGAGUAUGGUGUAGUUGCAGUAGUUGCCGGCAGAUGGCUGGUUUGUUUCUUGUUACAUGCUAUACUUGGACGAGAUCUGAAUAGGUUAUUGAUGUACUGAAAUCACACUGUGAUGCAAUGCAAUAAACGUGAGAGUAGUGUUUCCUGGUUAUUCUUCAUUA